AUGAACGACGUAUAUAUGUGGUCAUGUGCUGAGUGCACGAAUUUGGAUUUAUUUGAAAGUUGGCCAGAUGAAGUUAUGAAGGAUUUGAGAAGAAAGACGAUGUUCAAGGAUAUACGCACUGCGGGAUUCUGGGAGAAGUGGGGUACGCUUGCGGUUUCACACGUGAAGAAAAAGAUUUUUUGCUGCAGUUCUAAUUUGAAUCAGCGAAAUAGAUUCGAUUCGAUCGAUCGAUUCUUCGAUCCAAUUAUACACUGA